AUGCAAUCUGUGCUCGUUUAUACCUGUAUGUACAUUAAGAGUCUUCAAUCGAUCCUCGUCAAGUCGUCGUCGUCAACGACGACAUUGGGCUCUUGGCAACCGUGGACGUGGAAUUCUCGAAUAAUUUUCCGGGUGGAGAUUCCCUUCCUUGUCCGGACACUUGCCCGAAUAGCUGGUAUUACCUUCAUAUGUAACGCCUUCUUCGCCGCCCUGGACAUGACCCUGCGAACAGCUACCAGUCUGUGUGAGCUCCGGCAGCGUCUGUUGAUGCCGGGACGCCACGAAUACGAGCGGCCGUCGGGAAUCCCGCACAUACCGCCAAGAUCUAAAGAUACGUCCUACGAGCAGUGUACAAUAACAGAGCCGGUUCGAACAUCGGCCAGAUCGAACUUCGGCCAGAUGACCGAGUAG